AUGUCUAUACCAAAGGGGCCAGCAGCCGCUACAGUCAAUUGCAACAAUGAGGCAUACCUUUUGGACCGAUUCCAUAGUCACAUUCCCCAUAAACUUGGUCCAGCUGACAUCGUUUGCAAAUUCUGUGGGGCGUUCCGUUGGCCACAAGAAAGAACGAAGGCUGCCCAGAAGGCGGAUUCUAGAGUUUUUCACAAUUGUUGCAAAAAAGGUGAUGUCACCUUACCCAUCGCGUACUUGGAAGAAUCCCUGUUACCUGGCCCCUUGAUGGACCUGUUCACUGGAUCAGAUGAAAUUGCUAGAGAAUUCCAAAAAAACAUCGCGACUUACAACAAUAUGGUCUCAUUCGCAUCACUGGGCGCAAAUAUUGAUAAUUCCGUCAAUGGACAGAAAGGCACUUAUUGCUUUCGUGUUAACGGACAACUUAGCCAUAACAUUCCUUCUUUGCUUCCUUUGGAUGGAAACAAAGCUUCAUUUGCUCAGAUUUUUAUUGCUGGUGACGGAGGUGAUGGAGAGGUUACUUUGAGAGCGAGUAAAUUAAACAAUCCAAAGUUCAAAAAACAGAAAAAGAUUCACACCGCCACCUUACGCCUACUUCAAGACAUCAUCAACAAAGUGAAUCCUUACGCUGUAUUUCUCAAGGGGGCUGCCGAAAUCAUUAAUUCAGACGCAACAACUCGAGUCAUAUUAAAAUCCCUGCCACCGGGCAAGGGCGAGAUGAAAACAUACAAUAAACCAAGACCUGAAGACGUCGCUGCGCUGGUGCGAGGUGACGGUGAAAUCGACAAACGACCGAGAGACGUGUUGGUGUGCCACAAAGAUGGUUUCAUGGACCACAUCACAGAUCUCAACUCAGGUUACAUGGGACUCCGAUAUCCUUUGAUGUUGCCCUAUGGUUCCCAACAAUGGGACGGCAUGUAA